UCUCAGGCAUGAGCUAUGUAUACCCUGGUCAUGUGACUCACUAUAGGAAGUGGAGUAGAAACAAGCGUGAUAAGGAACCCAGCACAGUGGGCUCAGUCUCUAAGUGGAUUUGUACUGAGAGUGACUGAGAAUUGAGACAUCGACUGUGAAAGCUUAGAAUAUAAUCUGGAGAAAUAUAUUGAUUAACCAGAGGAGGAAAGAAAUCAAAUUUGAGUGUAUUAACAGAGACUUAAGGAUUAUUGAAACAUUCAGGAAAACUGUGUUGUGGUUAGAAUUGAGUGUAUAAUAGCAGUGACAAGGAGGAUUAUUAUCAGUCUGUCAGUUAUUUAAGAAUCUAUCAUAUACAGUUAAGGAUAAGACUAGAGAGGGGUGACACAAGGACUUACCAUCAUGUGGCGAGAAGAGACGGUGACAUCGGUGGACAUGUCACCUGUAUUAGAUUUAUCAAUUAAGAAACCAAAGCUGGAACUGCCAACGAAUUGUCCUGCUCCGACACCCCUCAGCGGUGUCACGGACUACUUACCUCUCACACCGACCACCCCUACCACGCCGACCAAGUCCUAUAAGAAGAACAUGCUGAAAAGAUACUUGGAAACAUGUGAGAAAGAACACACGCCCUCAGGACGAGAGAUGGCGGCGGAGGCGCUACUCAGCAUGGAUUCCCCCAGCACCACCAGUGAGACCAAAACCUUCCUUCAGGGGAUCUUGCAACAGAAGCAGGCACAGAUGCAAGCCUCUCUCCCCCCUAGCCCUGCUGACAGCGGGUACUCAGACCCAGAGAGUAGCAGUGAUGAGGUGAACAAGAUACGAUUAAAAGGUCUAAAUUCCAAUUUGUACAGUCCCACAGAAACUUUCAUUCCGCCAUAUUGCCGUGGUGCACCGACAGUGCUGCCCCCACAGUCCUCCUUCUUUCACCACGGAAUAACACACAUCGCAAUGAGGCCAGAUCACAUGUACACUCCCACCGUGAUCCCCAACACAGUGAAUGGCAUGCUGGCCCACCCCAGUGCCUUCUGCCAGGCAGGAGGAGAGGAAGAAGAUGAAGACGGGUCCCACUCCCCACCGUCCUCACCCACGCGGAAGAUUAAAAAAGGGCGUAAAACAAAAAGUCUGGAGUCUUCCCCCAUUCCACAGAAGAGGAAAAGGGAUGGUAACACAACAUACCUUUGGGAGUUCUUAUUACAACUGCUACAAAACAAAGAGACGUGUCCGCGGUAUAUCAAAUGGACCAGCAGAGAAAAAGGGAUCUUCAAACUGGUGGACUCUAAGGCAGUGUCCAAACUAUGGGGAAUCCACAAGAAUAAACCAGAUAUGAACUAUGAAACUAUGGGGCGAGCUUUACGGUACUACUAUGCUCGAGGUAUUCUCAACAAGGUAGAUGGACAGAGACUCGUAUAUCAGUUUGCUGAAGUCCCCAAAGACAUUAUCGAGAUUGACUGCAGUCCUUCCUAGGAAUUCUGGGAACACAUAGCUUCUGUUAAUGGCAGCACUCUGUACAUAUGUUGAUAAUAUAGUAUCUUUUUGAAUGGGAAAAUGGGGAGGGAGUCAAACAUGGAAGGAAGAAAAGCAGUUGAAAACGAUGUGGUGGCAAACUAAGACAUGGUGUUUGGCACAGACUUAAGAGAAAAGAGAAAUGGAUGAUGUGAAGGUGUUAAAAUAGGACACUGGUGACCUCCAGGUGACCUGGUCACUGUGGGUGACCUCCUGGUUGACCUCCAGGAUAGAUAUCCACAGAACUCGUCAGUAUGUUUUAAAAACUAGAAGUGGAUGUGAAGAGGCAGGGCCAGGCUGAACCAGAAGUUGACAGCCCCCCAGCACAUGAGAAAAACAGAGCUUGGUGUAUGUCACCUUAAAAAAGGGGGAAAAUAAUAGAUAUGACACAACAUGCAAAGUAAUGGCUAGGGAAAAUGACCUGUCAUCUUUGGUGCAUCUGCCAUGUGGAGAUGUCUGAAAAGGACCGUGAUAGUCUCUUUCAGAUGGUGGCUGCUCACCAGUUGAAUGACUGAUGUCCAGUCCUGUUGAAAAAUGUCAUUUCCUCUACGUAUGUCCACACUUGAUACUUCACGUGAAUAUCCAAACUGUGCCAUAAACUCAUUCUUCCUUAUGUAAAUAUACAUAGCAAUAUGUGAUGAGCAGAAAAUGGCAGUUUUCGUGGUGUUGUUUAUACAAUGUAUGUGCUGUGUUCAAGGAAAGCACAAGCUCAGUUAUAAAGAGCAAAAAAAAGAAAAAUGAGAUAUUUGAAACAGGGUGAGGAAAGUUUACAGACCUAGCAUGCAGAUGCAAUUUUGGUGCUGUAACUUCACUGUGGACUGCAUUCAAUUUAAAACCAAAAAUUGUUCCAAUCUGAACAUGUUUACCUGAAAGGUAUUUGAUUUCCCAGAAGGUAUCUGAUAUUUUCUUUGAUGUAAUAAAACUUACAGUGAUAUUUAGUACAGGAUAGCAAAUUUAUGUGGUACCAUAAGCUCAGAGAUAGUUACUUACUGCAAAUUAAAGCCCGUGCCUUUCAUUAGGCAUAGGUGAUAUAUAUAUAUAAAUGUCCCCUGCCUAUGGUAUAGGUUCAUUGUGACAUCAUUCUUCAUAGUAGUGCUCUAAGCCUCUUAUAAAUGGUGUGAUCUCAAUUUUGUAUAUAGUGUGAAUAAUCUAUAUAAUAAUCAGUAACUAUGUAAAUGUUUUAAAAACAAAAACAAAAUGCACAAAUUGUAUUAUAUCAGAAAAUUAUAUACAGAACACUUUUACAGUGGUUUUUAUGUAAAAGUACACCGAGGACUGAAUUUGUAGAAUCAUAGAUACAAUCUUGCCAUCUUGGUCUAUAGUGUGUGUUUUUCAAAGUCCAAUAAAACUUUCAAAGUUUGGUAGAUCUGUGUAUUUGUAUGAAAUUGUUUUUGAAAUCUUUCUGCUCUGUAUACGUAUUUUUCUGCAGUGUACAAUAGUUCAUAAUUCUUUAAUUUUUGUCAUAUAACAUGGUUUCAUGUGUGUCCAGGUAGUCCCAGUUUGAAGUUAAUUUCUCACAAAUAGCAAAUUCAUUUCCUGAGAUUGAGAAAUGUGUAAGUGUUGAACAGGAGUAUCAUUUUCUUUUAAUUGUUGCAAUGUAGAUCAUUUGCUUUCAAUAGCGAGUAGAGAGGAAAUGCCUGAAAUUAUUAAUAAACAUAACGGAAGUGAUUUUGUCACACUAGGUUGAUGUUCCAUUGUUUCAAGUUAAACCUGUAUAGAAACCAGACCAGGAACUGAGCUAUUCUCAGUUGGCCUCUUAACUGUUAGUUCAUAUAAGAUAACUGAUUAGGAUUAAUGUUAAAUCGGAACUCGUGAAUUAAGCAGCUUAGAUUCAGCUAUACAUUGUGGCAGUGUUUUACUUGUAAGGUGUUUUUAAUUGUGAAGGUUGUUUUAUUAAAAAUAUCAGUUUUUUUUUUUAAAUUUGCCUGGGGCUCCAGGCAGCGGGUGAUAUCUGAUAUGUAUGAUGGUAACACGGAUGGACAGAGCAGAAAGUUGAUAUAAACCUGUGCAGAGCUUCAAAUUAAGAAAUUAUAUAUCCAAGAAUUCUGAAACUAUAUGCUUCACACUGCAGUGAUGCUACCUUAGUGAGAUAUUUACUAGGUUCUGCAUAUAUACAUAUUACAGGUACUGUUAUUUUUGUUUUAAGUUUGUUUUAAGUCCUCGAAAUAAAGCACUACUGCUGGAAGUGAAAUUGCUGUGUCAACUUUUUGAAUAAAUGCUUAAACAUUGUG